UACCAGUUUGGCGGGCACCUAAGAGUCCCCUCUGGGGGCCAGCUGCAGCUCCAGAACAAUAACUGCAGGAAGCGGUUCUGCCAAGGUCUCUGCUGAGGUCAACUGGAUUUGUCCCUCAGAAUCUGGAACCCCACAAUGGUGGCCCAGGCUAUCCUCUGGAUCCUGCUCGGAUUGCUGCUGCGGCUGGAACCAGGGACAGCCACACUGCCCCUGCGCAUGGACUCUGUCAUCCAGGCCCUCGCUGAGCUCGAGCAGAAGGUACCAGCCACCAUUGACAGCCACACUGCUUCUGCACUGCUGCUGUUUGCCCAGGACUCUGGCCCCCACGAUGUCCUCCAUCGCUUCCUGCGGGAGCAGUGGAACAUCAAGGACACCAGGCUGGAUCCCCAGCAACUGAGCCCAGAGUUUCAGGGCCUGAUCAAGGACGUGGCCCAACAUGGUAUCCGCGGCAGGCAGGAAUACGGAGUGGUGCUGGCACCCGAUGGCUCUACAGUAGCUGUAGAGCCUCUUCUGGCAGGGCUGGAGGCAGGGCUACAAGGGAACAGAGUUGUCAGCCUGCCCUUGGACAGCACAGAGGCUCCUCUGGAUACUGGAGCUGCCUUUCCAGACACUGGAACCGUGGUUCUGGAUAUAAGAGCCGCAUCCCCAAGAUUCAGGGAUGCCUCCCCAGAUGGUACCUCCUCAGAUGUUCGAGCUAUGCCUCCAAAUAAUAGAGCCACAGAUCUAGAUGACAAACCCACCUCUCCAGGUGUUAGAUCUAGCUCUCCAGAUGUCCCAGUCACUUCUCCAGAUGUCCAAGCUUCCUCGCCAGGUGCCAAAGCCAAGUCCCCGACCACUGUGGACAGCCUCCUGGUGGUCACCCUGGCCAGAGACCUGGGUCUGGCCUUCCUCCAGGGCCCCCAGACCUGGAGCCAUUCAGGCCUGGGGACCGAGGGCUGCUGGGACCAGCUCUCUGCCCCUCGUACCUUCACACUCUCAGACUCUGGGGCAUCGCCAGUCACCAUGGCUUUCCUCAAUGGGGCCCUGGAUGGGGCCCUCCUUGGAGAUUAUCUAAGCCGAACCCCUGAGCCUCGGCCACCUCUCAGCCACCUGUUGAACCAAUACUAUGGAGCCGGGGUGGCUGGAGAUUCAGGACUUCGCAGCAACUUCCGACGGCAGAACGCAGCUGCUCUGACCUCAGCCCCCACCUUGACACAGCAGAUAUGGGGGGCCCUUGUCCUGCUACAGAGGCUGGAGCCAACACACCCUCAGCUGCAGGGCAUGAGCCAAGAACAGCUGGCAGAGGUAGCCACCAAUGCUACCAAGGAAUUCACUGAGGCCUUCCUGGGGUGCCCGGCCAUUCACCCACGUUGCCGCUGGGGCGCCGCGCCCUAUAGGGGUAGCCCCAGGCCGCUGCAGCUGCCCCUCAAGUUCUUGUAUGUACAUCACACAUACCUGCCCGCGCCACCCUGCACGGAUUUCGCGCGCUGCGCCGCCGACAUGCGCUCUAUGCAGCGCUUCCACCAAGAUACUCGGGGUUGGGACGACAUCGGCUACAGUUUCGUGAUCGGCUCAGACGGCUAUGUGUACGAGGGCCGCGGCUGGCACUGGGUGGGCGCGCACACGUUGGGCCACAACACUCGCGGCUUCGGCGUGGCCUUCGUGGGCAACUACACAGCCGAGCUGCCUGCGAAGGCUGCGCUUCACACCGCGCAGGACCUGCUCCCUGGCUGCGCAGUGCGCGCUGGCCUCCUGCGGCCCGACUACGAGCUGUUGGGCCACCGCCAGUUGGUGCGCACUGACUGCCCUGGGGACGCGCUCUUCAGCCUGCUGCGCACCUGGCCGCGCUUCGCGGCGAAUGUGAAACCAAGAAUGGCCAGGAGGGCCUCCAGGAGAUCCAGAAAGGAGCCACCUCCAACAAACGUGCCAGCCACAGACCUCCAAUAAAGAGACGGUGGAAAG